AUGCCUCUCCCGUAUUCAAAGAGACACACCUCGAGUCAGUCCUCCUCCAGCCACGACUCUCGUAGCCGGAGGAGUAACGAUUCAUAUGGAUCACAGUCAACUGCACCCACGUCGCUCUAUUCCUCUUCCUCACGCCCCUCAGAUAUCAAGGCCUCACCCACAUCAACAUGCAGCAGUCGCGCCAUCCCCGCUGCCGCCUCUGCCGCUCCCCAGAGGCAACACACAGCCGCCUACGAAUAUGACUCUCGCGACGAUGUCAGCCCCGCAACCUCGCUCUAUCCGCGCUCGUCGGUCGAAACCUACGUCUCAACGACAGCUUCGUCGGAGGAUGUGGACGCCAUGGACCUUGAUGAGAGCCCGAUGGAGUGCGAGGAGGACGUCAUCCCGCCACUGCCUGUCUACCGUCGUGAUGUGGUGGAACCGAAUGUGCGCGCAUCGACCCCGCAGGACUUUGCCAAGCUCUAUCCCUCACUCAAUCGCCUGACGAUACGGCAUGACGAGUUCACUCCGGAUGGGAACAUGAACUUGCGCGUCGACACGGUGGUAACGGGCCGGAGGAGGACCGCCAUUCAGCUGUUCCACUUGCGCAUGUACGACCUGGCCAAGCGGGAGUUCUCGCUGCGGCGCUACUCCCGCGACUCGGGCCGCGAGGUCUGCAACUCGAAGCGCAAGUACACGGAACCUGCCGCGGCCAAGGCGGCCGAUGACAGGCCGACGUUGAAGCGGUCCAUGUCUACUGCUCUCAAGACACUGAGUGGUGGGAAGCCGGUCCUGCGCCGCGCUAAAUCAGGUAUGGCGGCGGCCCCUGGCCGGCCUGGCACGGGCUACUCGUCGUGCGAUGGCGAUGAUGAGAUGCUCCACGACCGGAGCAACCUGUCUCGCCUGUCGCUUGACAGUCGCCUGACCAAGGGCAAGGCUCAGCGGCCGCUGCCGACCAACAUCAUCAAGCUUGAGUUCAGCAACUACGCCCGCGUCGACGUCAGCCGCCGCGGCGGGAAGGGCAACAAGCGCUACGACUUUGAGUGGUGGGGUCACCGGUACAGUUGGAGGCGCUCGGUCGACAGGCAGCUAGGCUUGGUGUCGUUCCACUUGGUUCGGGACGGAAAUACGGGCGCGCCGGUCGCGCACAUUGUUCCCGAGACAAGGUCACCGAGCCAGGUUCUUACCGACCGAAAUGCGGGCGGAUGGGUUCCGCCGUGUUUCAUGUGGAUCGCGGAUGAAUCGGUCGUGGACGCCGUGACAGACGUUGCAGACGUCAUCAUGGCCACCGGCCUCAUGGCUCUCGUCGACGACUGCAUCAAGGAGACAUGGCAGACGAAGAAGGUGCACCGCAUCCCGGUGCCCCUGACCUCCAAAACGGUCAACCUCGAAAACGUCAGUCCAAAAGCCAUCAUGCAGCACGUCUUUGGCCGCCGGUACUCGAACGACCACAGCCAGCACCACUCGCCUGCUUUGCCGAGCCCGCUCCGAUUCGCGAAUCCCAUUACGGCCUAUUAG